UUUUUUUUUUUUUAAAUCGAAGAGUAAUCCAAAUGUUUUUCUAUGUGAGCUUUAUGGACCAAAGUAUGUCUGAAAUAUGGCCCAACACUUUGUAGUGACUCUUCUAAUAUGCUCUGUCAACUUGAUGUCCUGUCAGGCAUGAUGAGUCGAUCUAGUUGAGUGGAUCCAUGCAAUGCAAAGACACGGGCAAUAUUGAUAUGGCACUCCGUGUUUUAAUCCAGUGAGAAGUACGACUGUCCAUCUGUCAGACCAUGUCAUUGCUGCUCGAUUAGAUUUAUCUCAACUUCUGUGGGUAAAUUAAAAAAAAAAAAAAAAAAGCUGUCAUGUGACUAAAUUAAUGAGGCAUUCUUGUAAAGAAACCCAACACUAAUUUAGUAAAGAUGUUUAUUUGCCUCUUUGAUUGCCCCAAACUGCAAGACAGAUGCAAGGUGAUGAGGUGGUCACCAUGGCAACAAGUUUUUAAUAACUCUCCAAGAUCCUUUUGUGAAAACAAAAAGCUAUCGGAUUCCUCCAUCCACCUGUUCUUGUUUUCUCAUUUGGGAACACGCAGAGGAAAACUACUUCUGGCACGACAGCCUCAAGAGCCCACAUGUUGCUGUUUUGACUGGUCCGCUUGAUAUAGUUUCACCACCUGGAAAUACUGGUGAUAAUCAAUCCACAAGCAAUCACACCUUCACUCACACACCCACUCUGUAGUUUUGCAUCUGAUGUCCAGCGCGAUUAUCCGCUGUCCAUGUGAUAUCUGAUUGUUAGUGAUGUGUUAUUUUUGUUCCAGACCAGUGAGCACUUUGAGCUUAUCCAUCCUGACAGAGGCGAGCCAAAGCUCAACGCCCGCAGUCAUCCAGACCCGGAGCCAAGUGUUCCGGCUCCCCGCGCCCUGCCCCUCAUCAUCCUCCUCUGCCUCCACGUUCUCGGAGCCCGCAGCCAAAAGAAGCAAGCAGCAUAACGCCAGCAGACCCAAUGAUCUCAACACAUGCAGACUGGCUGUGACUGCGGUGACCAAGCUGACACCUCUUUUGAACUCCGGCUGUGUCAAGUGCAGUGUCAUGCUCCAUUACAUCCAAAGACAAGAUGCUUUUGCCCUCCUGAGCAAUCCAACGCCGGCUGUUCAUUGUGGCCAAGUUGUAUUAGACAUUAAUGAUGAUCUCCAAUCGCAGCUGCUGAAAAGCCCUCAACUCAAAACAGAUGAGGCGAGAGAGGACUUGCUGAGUCUGUUGGCAGUGCUGGAUCGCUGGGUCUUCCACAUAGACUCACCUGAUUACAGUUUAGGUGAUAUAGAUGGCUGGAUUCAGAAAAGAGUGGGCUGUAAGAAGAUAGAAGUGAGCCCUGAGUAUCUACUAUUAAAUUCUUCAGGACCAUCUGCUCUCAUGCUGCUGCGCUGGCAUCAGAUUACCCCUUUCCAAGGGGAACUGUCUGUCCAUUCCAGUAAAUCUUUUUUUUUUUGA